AUGUCUGCACUCACAAUCCUCAAAAUGCUGUCGGACGACAGCCACUCAGGGCAUUCCCUGGCUGCUCGACUUCACUCCGAUGUGACGCUAGAUAUUGACCCGCUGCCAGUAGUGCAGCGACGGGGUUUAAUCGCUAUUACCAUCAUGGCUUUCCUAUCGUUUAUUGCGACAGGAGGUUUAUUGUCGUUCAUUACCUACCGCCUCAUCUUCUGGAAAGGCUCAUACACCAGAUACAUCGGUUACAACCAGUACAUUAUUCUCAUUUACAACCUCGUGCUGGCUGAUUUUCAACAAUCACUUGCCUUCCUGAUUUGUCUCAAAUGGAUUGUCACCGACAAAAUCAAAUCAGGCACAGCCGGCUGCUUUCUCCAAGGAUUGUGGCUUCAGAUCGGCGACCCAGGCAGUGGUCUUUUCGUCCUGGCUAUUGCCAUUCAUACAUUCCUUCUUGUUGUUUGGGGCCGCAAGAUGUCCUACAGAACCUUCAUCUGCUUCGUUUGUGGUGUCUGGGCUUUCAUCGCCAUAAUUGUGCUCAUUCCAAUUGGCAUGUACGGAGCCGAUGUGUUUGUCCCAUCUGGUGCCUGGUGCUGGAUUAGCGAAGACUAUGAAACUGUCCGCCUCUGGACUCAUUACAUCUGGAUUUUCUUCGCGGAGUUCGGUACCGUCUGUCUCUACGCCGUCAUGUACUUCCAGCUCCGCAGACAGAUUGCCCAAUCCUCCAUCUUGGGUAACAGUCAGUUGGAAAGUCUGAAGCGCCUGCGUCGCGUGGUUGGAUACAUGACCAUCUACCCCAUCGUCUACAUCGUUCUUUCACUCCCGCUCGCCGCCGGACGUAUGGCCACCGCAAAUGGCAACACCCCAUCUCUCACCUUCUUUUGUUGCGCUGGUGCCUUCAUGACAAGCUCCGGCUUAGUCGACGUCGUGCUCUACACUCUCACCCGUCGCAACCUCAUCAUUGACUCUGAGCCCAGCCAGGACCGUUCUUACAACAAAUUUGCCAGCAGCAAAGGACGUCGCGGAGACAACUUGACUACCAUCACUGCCGAACCCAAGUCUAAGAAGAACGCCAUCUCCGAGGAUACAGACCGCGAUGGCUCGACCGAUAAUAUCGUCCAGCCGAGCGUCGAGUUGGGCCCCAUGGGCAAGGUGUACCAAGAAACCACCAUCGAAAUCACGCACGAACCUGCAUCUGCAUACCCAUCAGAGGGUGCGAGUGAACGCUCCAGCAAAGAUGACUUUGCUGAGCCUUCAUCUCGGCCGUGGAGGCGAUGA